AUGAAUCCUUACUGCAACUACGAUUCGAAAACAGGCAAAAUUGCUGAUUCUGAUUGCUAUUUUGAUUGUAUUUAUAGGAAUCAGUGCCAAAGCAAUAAGCUCGGUAAUGGAUUUUGCAAUCAAGAGUGUAACAGCUGGACUUGUGCCUAUGAUUUGGGCGAUUGUGGAAUAUGCUCUUCUAAUUGUAAAUUCUAUUUAGGCUAUGACAAAAUGCUUGGAAGCAGCUGCUAUUCUGCUUGUAAUACGGCUUCUUGCUACUAUGGACUUGGUCUUUGCCAAAACUGCAGCGAAAAUUGUACAGCAAACAUUCUUGGAGAUGGAAAAUGUGACCCAGCUUGUGAUGUUUCAAACUGUAACUAUGAUUUUGGAGACUGCGAAAAUUUUACAUGUGCUCCUGGGUGCCAUACUUAUAUGCUAAAUAAUACUGUAUGUGAUAAAAAUUUCAAUUAUAUAGUUAAACUGGCCAUAUGGAGGCAAGCUCGCUAGCAUUUGCCUUGUAUCAGCUCUAAAAUAGCAGCCACCAUCGUUUCACAAGAUAGGUGGGGGAAUGGAAGGUUGCCAUUUUGGAUUUCAGACCUGAACCACCUGCCCAAAGGGUCGACUCCUAGGGCAGAGCCACCGCCUGUAGAGUGCCCCGGUGAUUCCGACAAGGGAAGACAUAUGUAGUAUAUAAAGCCUGUCUAGCCCAUUUGUCAGGAGCAGUAAAACCCUCAGGGAGAAACAAAACAUCCCUAUUUGGCAAGACAUCCCCUAGCAUGAAGGCCUACUUCAAAAGGGAUAGAGGCCCUAUUUUCAGCUUCAUAAGGAUGGAUCCUAUAGGGAGUGCACCUCGGAGACCAUUUCCGUCAACAUCACCAUUUUAUUUCUGUAUGUGAUAAGGAAUGCUAUAAUGAAGAAUGCGGAUGAGAUUUGACUGACUGUGACUGCAGCCCAGGAUGUAGCUCAGAUUUACUUACUCCCUCCCUCCGUGAGCGAACAAAAAUAUCCUGUUAGCUCACAGAGUGGAGUUAAUUUUUUUUCGAAAAAAUUUAUAUAUAAAUUUUAUAGUCAAUUUUUUUUUCUAAAAAAAUCCUACUUCACAAAAAUUGGAAGGCAAAAUAUUAAUUUAACUUGCAAAAUUUAUGUUUAAAUUUCAUUAUACUAAUCAUCACUUAUAUUUCAAAUUUUUUCUAUUAAAAAGAUUUUUGUUCGCUUACGGAGGAUGGGUUUUUGGGCAAAAAAUAGGGAUUUUUCUAAUAGUUAUGCUCGCUCACGGAGGGAGGAGUUAAUAAUAAUGAUUGUGAUGCGCUUUGUAAUGUUUCUGAGUGCAAUUAUGAUAAUUAUGCUUGUGAGUGCUCAAAUGGAUGCAAAAGUGGGUAUAUUGGAGAUGGAACAUGCCAGCCUCAAUGCAAUAAUGCUAAUUGCAAUUGAGAUGGAGGAGACUGCCAGUGUACAUCUACCUGCAAUAUUAAUAAUUAUGGGCACUGCUCUGAAGGUUGCAUGGUUGUUGACUGUUUAUGAGACCAAAUCGGCUCAACUCCAAACCAAAGAUGCAAGAACACAAAUUUAUCAUUAUUUUAUAUGCGCUUACAGUUCAUGAGUUUAAAUUUUUCACAAGCCCCAAGCCUAAAGCAAUGCAAAACCGAAACUAAAUGCCAGACGAAAAAUUUGUUUAAUCCGAAUUUUUGUGACCCAAACUGCAAUAAUGAGUAUUGUGGGUUUUCUUCGUGCAGUUGUUCUCCUCAGAACCAAACUAAAUGCGCUGACCCGAAGUGCUUGAAGUGUUAUGGCAAUGAGAUGGGGGAUUGCUACGAGUGUGAUUCGUCAAUAUUGAAUAAUUAUCAGCUCUAUGGGUACUGUUUAGAUGAAUGCCCAUCAGGGUUCAAGCCUUUGCAUUUUUUGAAUGAGACUUGAAUUUGCAUUUUAAAGGCAGAAACCUCAAGCUUGGAAAACCCGGCGAUUUAUUAUGUGAACUGGAAUGUAUCUGAGACCUCCGGAGGUGAUGGAAGCAUGGCAAAGCCAUUUAAAUCCUUAUCAUUUGCAUUAGUAUCAAUAAUCGCGAAAUACUCAAUUCUUUAUCUUACCCCAGGGAUCCAUUAUUUAACUGAGGUAAAUGAAAUUUCUCCUAUUCAAAUAGGUACGCAAGGCAGCUUAAAACCAUAUAAUAUGCAAAUUAUUCGUCAAAAUCUUACAAUCACGACAACUGAUGGUUCAAUUGUAACUUUGAAGCCUUAUCUGAACAAAAAUAUAAUAACAAUAACACUGAAAAAUACUCUUUACAUGUCAAUUAGCAAUGUAAAUUUUGACUCUUUUCAGUGAAAAACAGAAAGUACGAAAUGUGGCUUACCAAGCAAUUUGUGCUCUUAUUGUCCUCAUGUUAUAAUAUAUAAAAAAAUGGAUGGAAAAUCGAUAUGCUCUCCUAUUUAAUGGAGCUGGCAAUCGAAAGGGGGUAACUAGGAAUUUGUUUAAGAAAGCAAGAUAUCCAGCCUUGUCUCUGCAUUCCAUCCAAGGAGGGAGCAGCAACACUGAAUGAUUAGUUAUCAACAAUUUCUGGAAAAGUUUACCUCAUGAAAAGGUGGAAAGGAUCUCUUAGUCCGCCCCUCUAUUAGAAAACAAAAACAUUGAAAAAAUCUCUAUUUUUUGGAUGAAAAUUUUAAUGGAAAAAUAUUUUGAUAUAUAAGUGAUAAUUAUCAUAAUGAAAUUUAUAGUUAAUUCUGUUAGAUUUAAAAUAUUUUGCAAUUAAAACAUAAUUUAGCAAAUUAAAUCAAUUAAAUUUUUAAAAAACAAAUUCAUUAAAAAUUUAUAUAUAAAUUUUAAAAAUCCUAAAUUAACCACUUCUUUAACUCCCCCCCCUCCGUGAUGAGUGAACAAAAAAAUUUUGUUGACUCACGGAGGGGAGUUAAUUUUUUUUUUUUCGAAGUUAAAAAAUUUAUAUAUAAAUUUUAUAAAAAAAGAAUUUUUUUUCGAAAUUAAAAAAUCCUAAUUUGCAAAAAUUGGGAAGCAAAUAUUAACUUAAUUUGUAAAAUUUAUGUUUUAAAAAGCAAUUCGUUUAAAAUUAAACAGAGUUAACUCUAGAUUUCAUUAUAAUAAUCAUUUAUAUAUUAAAUUUUUUUUUUCCAUACAAAAAUUUUUCUAUUAAAAAAUUUACGGAGGGUGGGUUUUUGGGCAAAAAAUAGGGAUUUUCUAAUGAUUUUGUUCACUCACGGGGGGGGGGAGUAAGUAAAACAAAAUUUUUUGGUUCGCUUACGGAGGGGAGGCUAGGUUAGGUUAUUAAAAUUAGGCUUUAGCCAUGUUGGUGACGCAGUUUUAAUCUUAAUUAAAUUAGAAGGCGUCUGCCGCUUCGAUUACGCAGUCACCAAGGACCCAAUACCAAUAUCUUAGGGUUCACCUGCUUUGCGCCGUAGUCGGCUUUAUCCACCGGGAUGUCUACUCCUCUCCUUGCGGCUUGAGUGUUGAGUGGGUGGGCUAUGGACUUCUGCGGCUUGCUGCUUGGGUUGACGAAAGUUGACCACUCAAAAAUCCCAAAAAAUGUAAUUUCUGGUGACCUCUCGGCAAAAGGGGAAAAUCCAGAUCCUGGGACGUAACGCCCAGUUUCACGCAAGGCAGUUGCUCGAUUGGACUAGGUAUUGCCUGUAGACUUCGCUGGGCUUGCCCUUUCCAAACCUGAACCUCUCCUUCCUCUCGAGGUAAAAUCCAUUCUAGUCCUUGAGCAUAGGCCAGGCUCUGCUCUGCAGAAUUGCUUGCCAUGGCAUUGUUGUUCAUUUCUGGAAUGGCAAAACCUUGCCGGAUAUAAUUAAAAUAUGUGCUCGGAAGCUGCUUGGCCGGAGGCCAUGCUAGGUGGAGAAGCCAUAUUUUAAUUAUUAUUGGUGACGCAGUCGCCAAAAGAUCUCCCGUACGGGAGGUUCAUCCGCUUUUCGACUCAAGCCCAGAGGGUCUUUCCAAAUGGAUGCCACUUCAGUUAUUUUCUGUCUCAUCAGUGGGGCCAUGAAUUUCUGCAGCCCUGCAGCAUGCGAUUGGCGUAGCUUGAUUUCAUGAAUCGGUUCCUUAGAAUCUGUGCAUUCGAUAGAUACAGGAAAAAGACAACUAUAGCCUGGUCCGAAACCCCAGUUUCUUGGUAGAGGAAUACUUGGCCCCAAAGUUGUUGAGCUCUUCCAUUUCCAAUCAAAGUAAAGCAGCCAAAACAUACCCAAAUGCACAUCUCUCUAGCCUGCUCUUGAUUUUAGACUCGGAGUCAUUACAUUAGUAAGACGGGCUCGCGCCCUUAAUUUUAACGCAAUCACCGAGGAUCUAUUGUGGGAUUCAACCGCUUUGCGACCUUCCUUUCGUCGGGUCUCCUCCUUGUUUCUUGUAAAAGACUCCAGUAUUGAGUGGGCAGUCUACAGGUUUGUGCGGCCUCCUGAUGCUGAGGGAAUACGAAGUCGGCAUUCCGAAAUUCUAAAAAAUGGAAUUUCUGGUAGCCUGUCGGCAAAAGGAUAAAGUCCAGAUCCUGGGACGUAACGCCCAGUUUCAUGCUAGGCAGUUGCCCGAUUGGCCUAUGUAUUACCUGUAGAUCUUGCUGGGCUUGCCCUUUCCAAAUCUGAACCUCCUUUCCUUGGAGGCAAAAACCAAUCUCGAAGUCGGACUUGGGCUAGGCUCUGCUAUCUGCAGAAUUGGUUACCAUAGCAUUGCUAUCCAUUUCAAGGCUAGAAAAACCUUGCCGGAUAUAAUUAAAAUAUAAGCCGAAGAUGAUGGCCGGAAGGCCAUACCUAGACUAAGACGCCAUAUUUUAAUUAUUUUUAGACUCGGAAUUUGUCCCAGUUCGCCGUGACCAGAGGUCUGGACUGCUUGGCCAAGAGGGCAAGUUGACACAUGUCUCCAUUUUAAUUUAAGGUAACAAAGAAUUUAAAAUAUUCAGAUAGCAAACUUAUUAAUAAUCUAACUUAAUGCCAAUAACUCAUGUUACGCAGAUUUUCGAUGGGAGUUAUGAAGAUGAUAGAGGCAAAACAACAACAGAGUUUUUAGACUCAGAAUUAUGCAAAGAAAAUUACGACUGAAAUUUAUUUGAAAUUCCUAAAAAUAGUCAUUUACUGCUGAAAAAUGUCAAUUUUACGAAUUGGAGGUUAGAAGAAAAUUCACUUAUUUACAGUUACGGAGGAGAUGUUGAGCUCGAAAAUGUGAAUUUUAGUAAUAUUCGGACUGCGCCUUUUGAAAACUCUAGCGUCAUAAUUUUCGCAGACUGUGGAUCAAAUACUUAUGAUUGCGGCAAUUUUUAUUAUAAUAUCGGAAAUGUAGAGAAGCUGAAUAACGGAUUUGAGUAUGACAGUUCCUUGGUAAUAAUGGGAUUCUUGGCAGCCAAGAGAGUCAAAAGUGUAAGUAUUACCAAUGUAAAUUUCAAAAACAAUUUUAUAUCAGAUCCUGCAGCUGAUGGUGCUGGAAGUUUGCUUUACUUACCCCCCCUCCUCCGUCAGCGAACAAAACCAUUAGAAAAAUUCCAUUUUUGCCCAAAAAACUCACCAUCCGUAAGAAUAUAAGUAAUAAUUAGUAAAUUAUAUCUGUUCUGUUUAAUUUUAAAAACAAAUUAAAUUAAUAUUUGCUCCCCAAUUUUUGCGCAUGGGAUUUUUUAAAUUUCGAAAAAAAAUUUAUAAUAAAAUUUAUAUAUAAAUUUUUUAAAAAAAAUUAACCCCUCAGUGAGCGAACAAGAUUUUUUGUUCGCUCACGGAGGGGAGGAAUUAGAAGCUUUCCGAACUCUUUUUAUUGGAAAUUGUGAAUUUUCUUACAAUUAUGCAGAGGAUGGAUUGAUUUUUAUAAGUGCCAGUAAUUUGGCAUUGAGUCAAGAAGUGAAUAUAUUCAAUGAAAUUAUUGAUUAUACAAUCGACCAUGUAACCAUUUCAGAAUCAAAAUUUUAUAACAAUAUAGGGAUUAAUUUUGGGAUUCUGUCAGCUAAUUAUCUAUGUGAGCUGCAAAAUUACAACCUAGCUGCCCUUGAAGUCUACAAUAAUUUGGUUGAAUAUGGCAGCUUGUUUUUUAUAAACAACACUAUCGUAAAAUCAGAAUAUUUAUACGGCGUCAUAUCAGCAGUUACUUCUAAUGGGAUCAGGGUAAUUGCCCACCAAAACCCUAGAUGAUUUAAUUGAGAAUCUACUGAUAUAUAUAGCAAUUAUUAUGGAGGCAGCGGGAUAAUUGAAUUCUAUAAGCUGGUAAACCUAGUUUUCAAUAAUCUCACAAUUAACUCAAACGGGGAUACAGGAAGCACUCAUUCAGAUAUCAAUGCUAAUACUAUUUUAAUUAACUCAUGGAUAAAUGAUCCAGAGAUUUAUAUGAAAAAUCAGCUAGUCGUUACAUCUUUAUACUGCGGCUCACUGUCUUUAUUUUCUUAUCUGACGAAUUUCACCCUGAAAAACUCUGAGAUUACCAAAAAUUACUGCUCAAUGGCACAACCAUCCUCGAUCUUUGAGAAUUCCAAUGCUGUCAAUUUGGAUAAUGUCACGUUUAGUUACAACUAUGGAUUUUCAGCAAAAUCUCCCACAGUUUUAUGCUUCAAUGAAGGAAAUCAGACUACAAUAAAUAAUUCCAAGUUUCUGAAUAACGAAAAUACUGCACAACCUGGGUAUGGCUUAGUUGCUUCAUCAGGAAGCACCCAGGUAUUAGAAGUCAAUUUCACACUUUUUUCAAAAAAUUCAGGGUAUUCAGGUGGAAUUUACUUUACUCCCCCCCCCCUCCGUGAGCGAACAAAAAAAAUUUUGUUCGCUCACGGAGGGGGGGGUAAUUUUUUUUUUUAAAAAAAAUUUUAUAUAUAAAUUUUAUAAAAAAAUAUUUUUUUCGAAAUUUAAAAAAAUCCUAAUUUGCAAAAAUUGGGAAGCAAAUAUUAAUUUUAAUUUGCAAAAUUUAUGUUUUAAAACGCAAUUUGUUUAAAAUUAAACAGAAUUAGCUCUAGAUUUCAUUAUACUAAUUAUCACUUAUAUAUCAAAAAUUUUUUUCCAUUAAAAUUUUUUCUAUUAAAAAAAUUUUUGUUCACUCACGGAGGGUGGGUUUUUGGUCAAAAAAUGGCGAUUUUUCUAAUGGUUUUGUUCGCUCACGGAGGGGGGGGGGGGAGUUAGUGGGAAAAUUUUAAAGCUUUAUAAUGACACUUUUGAGUAUAAUACAUCUCCUACGUAUGGUGCAGGAGUUUUUUCUAACCAAAUUAGCACAAAUAUGUUUAUUUAUGUAGACAAAUGCCUGUUUUAUAAUAACACUGCAAUUAAUGGCGCAGGAAUUUAUGUUGAAAAUGGGAUGAUUUCAAGCAAUGUGUAUUUAGAGAUAAAAAAUACAGACUUCAUUUCAAAUUCUGCUAUAUAUGGAGCAGGAAUGUAUGUUAGCUCUUAUACAGCAGUGGAUAAAAGCUCUUAUAUAGAGUCUUGCUUGUUUAAAGAAAAUUAUUCGAAGACUUCUGGUGCCCUUGCAGUUUUUUACCUAACUCCCCUUCUGUGAGUGAGCAAAAUAAUUUGCCUACUCACAAAGGAGAAAUUAAAAUUUCAAAAUAAAAAUUUGUUUUUCUAAAUUAAAAAAAAUUCUCAAUCAUAAAAAUUGGAAAUUAAUUUAAUUUGUAAAAUUAUGUUUCAGAAUUCAAGCUAUUUAAAAUCAGCAGAAUUAGCUAAGGAUCCCAUAAUAAUCAUCAUUUAUAUAUUUAAAUAUUUUUUCUAAAAAAUUUAUAUUAAAAUAAUUGUUUGUAAGCACAAUUUUUUUAUAAAAAGUAGCUCGCGCUACUCACGAAGGGAAUAAGUGGAAGUUUGAAAAUUAAAGAAUCUUACUUUAUAAAUAAUUCCGCAAAGCUUGGAGCAGCAAUAUACAUUGAAAUUGGAAGCUAUGUUGAAUUGUCGGGAACGCUAUAUGUGGAAGACUCUCAAUUUAUGCAUAAUAAAGGCUCAGCUUCUAUUUAUUCUGGAAAUCCGAAUGUUUAUUCCUAUAUUUUUACUAAUUCAUGCUUAUUUUCCAGUAAUGAAGGAUCAACUAUAGCUUUAGACUACGAUUAUUUAGAAGACAAUGGAUCUAUCUUUUAUAACAACACAUCAAAAUUUGCCACUGGGAUCAAAAUUUCUGAAUUUUCUUCAGUAAAUCUAACAAAUACUGUUUUUAAAGAAAAUUAUUCAUACUCUCAUGGAGGAUCUAUAGCAAUCAGCACUUCCUCUAAUUUAACAUGUGAUUUUUGCACUUUUCAGGAAAACUUCGCGCUAGACUCUGGGGGUGCAAUUUACAGUGAGCAAAAUUCAAAUUUUUAUAUUUCCCAUUCUAUUUUUAAAAAAAAUUCCUGCAAAAAUAGAGGAUCAACUAUUUAUUUAUUAGGCGCUUCAAAUCCUAUAUCAGAAUUAUAUAAUGUUACAAUACAUUUAAAUAAUGCUGGAAAUGAAGGAUCUAUAGCAUUGCUAGACUCAGCGAUAACCAUAAAUUCCUCUUCAAUGGCUGAAAAUAUAGCAAAUAUGAUCACGGGUGGCAUUUUGCUAACUCUUUCCUCGGCUAACAUAAUAAACUCUGAUUUUUAUUUGCAGGAUGGGGAGCAGGGAAGUUUUAUUUAUGCGACGACUCAAAGCACAGCGAAUAUAAAGAAUUCGUCAUUUGAGUAUGGAAAAAGCAGCAGUUCAGGGGGUGCCAUUUUUUCUACGUCAAGCAAUGUUAUAAUUAGCGGCAGUCAUUUUAGCCAUAAUUCGGCACUUUCUGGUGGAGGAGGAGCCAUAUGGUCAUUUUCGGGGAGUUUAUUGAAUAUUUCGAACAGCGAAUUUUUUUCGUCAUAUAGUAGCGAUUUGGGAGGAGUUAUUACAGGCUAUGAGAGCGAAUUAAAUAUAGAAAAUUCUUGAUUCGAAAGCUAUGAAAGCGGAGCUAUUUAUGGGGAAAAAAUGAUUAAUGCUUAUAUAUAUGAAACUAGCUUUCUAUAUGGAAAUUCAGAAAAUGGAGGUGCAUUUUCAUGUGUUGGGUGUAUAAAAAUGGAGAUUGAUAAAUGCAAUUUUAUUGAGAACUCUGCUGAAAUUGCAGGGGGAGCAUUAUAUCUUGCAACUACAAGCGGCAAUGAAAUAGGUCAAGCUUAUAUUGUUUCUCGUUCAACAUUUAAAAAUAACUCUGCAGAUCUUGGCGGAGCCAUUUAUAGCAAUAACAUAAAACUGAGCGUUAUAUCGUCCACUUUUAUGGAAAAUAUGGCAUCGACCACAGAAAUCCCAACAUCUUCUGUUCCUGUUUCAGGAAAUGGUGGAGGAUUAAAUAUACUUUGCCAAGAUUUCUGGACUUGCAGCUUUAAUAUCUCAUACAAUAAAUUCAUUGAAAACUAUGCCACUUAUAACGGAGGUGCCAUAAAUUGGCACGACAUUAUUCCAGUCUUAACUUGUAAUACUUUUACAAAUAACAGUGCUGCUUAUGCAGAUAAUGUAGCCUCUUUCGCAGUAAAAUUGAUGGCAGUAGACGAUAAUGGAUCAAUAGUCAGUUAUGAUAAAAGUUUUGCUUCUACUCCAACUGUUUUUUCAUUAUCAAAUGUAGCUCCUGGCCAAGCGUCUUCUCAAACUUUGAAAUUAGCACUAGUUGACUAUUAUGGAAAUAUUGUUGCUACUGAUAGUGCCAGCUCAGCAGAACUUCUAGCAGAAAAUUCUUCUGCAGUAAUACUUUCAGGAACGACUAGGGUGACUGCUUCUAAAGGUUUUUAUACUUUUGAUAAUUUUAUAGUCUCUGCUGAGCCUGGCUCUGAGAUUACUAUAAAAAUACCUUCAACUGGGAUAGAUGAAAGCAGCAGCAAAAAUAGCCAAAUUUUUUACGUUUCUGAAGUAAAUGUAAAUAUUACAUUAAGGAAAUGUGUAGUUGGAGAGGCUACAAUAGGUUUAAACUGCCAAGUCUGUGACAAAGGAAGCUAUAGCUUGAAUGGCUCGAGCACUCAAUGCAUAGAAUGCCCCAGUCAAGCAAAAUGCUAUGGGAACUGAACAAUGGUUCCUCGAGCAGGUUAUUGAAGAUCUUCCAAUAUGUCAAGCACUUUUUGGGCAUGUCCAAGAGAAUCAUCAUGCAAAGGGUCUCCUCGCCCACCAAAUUUAUCACUGACUGGUCUCUGCGAAAAAGGCUAUACAGGAAAUAUGUGCCAAGCAUGUGAAAAUGGAUAUUCUAUAAUAAGUGCAAAUACUUGUGGGAAAUGUCCAGGAGAGUUAUCUAACUCUUUUCGCAUAAUAGGUGUUAUAGCUGCUGCUAUUUUGCUAGGCGCUAUUAUGGUAAGAACCACCCGAAACUCGGCCUACAAACCAAAAUCCCUACAAUCAGUCUACAUAAAAAUUUUUGUGAAUUAUUUGCAGCUUGUGGUCCUUAUUACAACUUUUAAUUUAUCAUGGCCUGAUACAGUAUUAAAUAUAUUUUCUAUACAGACUAAUGCAGGAUCUGUAAGUGACGAAAUCUUUUCUUUUGACUGUUUUUUGAAUACCGGAAAAGACAAUAAAAAAGUGUAUUUCAAAAAAUUGAUGAUAAUGAGUUUGAUUCCUAUAAUGAUAGGCUGUGGGUCGUUUUUAUUCUGGACUUUUAUAAAAUGAUAUAGGAAGAGUUUUGAGUCGUUUUUCAAUGAUUUUAUAUCUACAGUCGUUAUUUUAUUAUUUUUAAUUCACCCAAAUUUGGUGAAAUCGAUGUUUUCUUCAUUUAGCUGCAGAGAAAUUGAGGCUGGAGAAUUUUGGCUUGUAGAUAAUCUUAAUAUAAGGUGCUGGGACGGCAAUCAUAUGUUUUAUAUUUUUACAGUGUCAAUACCAGCCAUUAUUGUGUGGGGAAUCGGAAUACCUACGAUUACUCUUUAUUUUUUAUUCAAAAAUAGAAGAAAGCUUGACACUUUGAGCAUUCGGCUGCGCUUUGGGUUCCUUUUUAAUGGCUAUAAAACCAAUGCAUUUUAUUGGGAAUUCUUGAUUUUAUAUAGAAAAAUCCUUAUAGUUUGCUGCUCCGUAUUUCUGCAAAACAUUUCUACAGAUAUCCAAGCAUUAACAGUCAUGGUUUUGCUACUCCUCUGUCUAAUAAUGCAAGCACAAAAUAAGCCAUAUGAUGGUAGAGCUUUAAAUCGUAUGGAAAUUAGAUCAAUCUUAGUUGCCACUAUCACAAUUUAUUGUGGACUUUACUAUCUUACAAAUAUUGUACAUUAAAAUGGGCGCGGUGAGCCAACCCACUUAAAUCCUGUGGCAGGCAUCCCACAAGUGUGUAGGGACCUCUAGAAAGGGAGGAUGGCGUUCGGGAUCUGUACUUGGCCAGUUUGGUAAAGCUCAAUGCCAAGAGCUGACUACAAAAUUUUUCCUUGGAGGGAAUGGUCCGAGAGUUGGAAGGGAUAUCCUGGGAGAGCUAGAUGCUAUUCAUGGCCAAUCUAGUUCUCCAGAGUGGAAUCAGGGGUUAUACCUUAACUUUUGGCUUCCUUUUGGCUGAGAGUCGACUAGAAAACUUUAACCCUUACUUAACUUAAUUAAGAUCAUCAAAAAUCUCCCGGUAGGCUCAACGGUCGAGCCAUAUUCACAUCUAUAACCUCCACUAAAAUAAGUAAAACCUAGCCUGACACACAUUACAGAGCACCAUCUCCCCACGUCGGGCAGGAGUCCCUUUGUAAAGUUGCGUGCGAAUUGGUGAGCAAGGCAAAGGGGUAUUGCAGGUGGAGGUAGUCCAUAAUGAAUUGCAAAGGAUUUUCAAUUUUUAAGCUAGUGCUAAUAUUAGCCAUCUUACAGAUGCUUUAGACGAAGCAACGAAGGUUGUCUUUUUUAUUGUCAUUAUCAUUGUUAACGCUUAUUUUAUUUAUUAUUGGGUACUAAAAAUGUUUGGAGCUGGAAUUCAGCUUCUCAGCAAUGUUGUGCCAUUUCUUAGGCGCAAGUUUACGAGAAAGGUUAUGGAUGGCUUUGAUGAUGGUUUGUUUGAGCAUAAAAAAAAUAGUCAUGUGGUAAUCAAAGGAGGAGAGAAGAUAUUUUCUAUUGUCAAAGACCGAUCUGCCCAAAUAGAAUCUGUGGAUUUUGACGUAAAUGAAGUUAUUGGUCAAAAUAUGAGGCAAAUAUUCAUGGGUGUGCUAAAAAGAAAUGCAUAAUUAAGUUAGAGCAUAGCUCGAUAUUUUCUGGUCUUUUUAUCUCUUGAUAUUUAAUUGUGAGGUUUGGCUUCCCCCAACUAUAAGGGAAGUAAGAGUCUGGUGGAAAAUUUUCUCUCAUAUUAGAGAGUUGCGCCUUGGGCACAAUAAAGCAUUGGGAUGCUAUGACGAAGCAAUUAAAACUUGUAGGGUAGGGAUAACCUUCUUCUUCAUAUUAGAGAACCGAAUCUUCCAGAGGGCACCACCUAUCCAAGGUGACUAACGGAUCCAAGUAGGUUAUACAGCUCAAAAAAAAGUCCUCGAAGCCCAAACUUCAAGAUUGGCGUCCUCAUUGUGAAACAAAGUCAAAGGAGCCCAUACUUUGGUGGUCGGAGCAAGAUGGCGUGAAUUUACCCCAGAGCAGUGUUGAAGGCAUCAGUAGCAGCAGGCAACCUGAUAGUGAACGUCAAACGAAAUCUUAAUAAAUUUAUCGUCAUUUUUAUUGCAUGUUAAAAAGAAAUGCGGAAAAUUGGGUCGAUAAACUUUAUUGUACCCCACAAGAUAGCGAAGAAAAACAGCAAGACGAAACAUUUUAUGAAAUUUCAAGAGUUGAAAAUGAAAAUGAACUUGAUAUAAAAGCAAAGGAUUUUAAAUAA